AAAAAUCUGGAAAACUAAACUAAUAUGAAUGGCCAUUAAUCACGAAAUCCAAUUGCUGCCAAAUUGGCUGAUUGAUUGGCCGGUAUGUCUUAAGUUUGAUUUCAGACCAAGUUGUGAAUGUCAAACUAAACAGUUACUCAGUGUUAUCAGUGAGAUGGAGAAUACAGACAGUGUGGAAUCUUAUGAAUCAAUUAUUAACCCGUAUCAAGAUCAAGAGGUGAUAAGGCAUAGAAAAUUUGUUUCACACAUAGGUAUUGCGUUUAUUGAUCUUAAAUUUGUUGAAAAAAAAUUUAUGCAUCCACCACGAACCAUUUUGCGUAAGAUUAAUGGUCAAUUAAAUUAUGGUACAUUGAACGGUAUAUUUGGACCACGAAAUUGUGGCAAAACUUCACUUCUCAAAUGUUUAUCUGGUCGCAAUAAUCGUGGAUUAGAUGCUGGAACUAUGUUGUUCUUUAAUCCGGAUGUUUCAAUUAAGGUAUUCUUUCUGGAAAACGCAAUUUACAACAACAUUUUGGUGAGUAUGACCGUCAAAGAGGUGCUUGAUUAUGCUUUCCUAUUCCGUCAUCCAUGGGCCAGCCGUGAACAACGGUAUUCAACCGUAAAAGAAGUGCUAACAAAUUUACAGCUACAAGAAUUGGCCGAUAUUCGAAUUACCGAAUGUACGGCCGAAGAACGUGUCAAAACACAAGUAGCAAUGGGUCUAUCAUCGUUAGACAAACCAAACAUGCUUUUUAUGGAAGAACCAUUAACUCAUUUGGACAAUGUUAGCGUCGAAAAUUUUGUCAAUCUUAUGAAACAAAUGAGUCGUGUUUAUAGUAUUUCUGUAAAUCUAUCGAUCGGUCAUAUGGUCGAUUCGGAUGUACUUUCCGUAUUCGACAAACUUUAUGUACUUAGCCGUGGUGGUCUUUGUAUCUACGAAGGAAGCGUCGAACAUAUGUCACUUUUUCUACGAGAAUCCGGUGUCAUUAUUCAAUCGAGCAUACAAACACCCAUUGAACGACUGAUUAAAAUCGCAUCCAAACCGAAUGAACUUACAGUACGAGUGGCUAAUCGUGUUUUCUCUACUCGUCAUGACAUACUUCAUUCGGCCAAAAAAUAUGGUGUUUUGUUGGAAUUUGGAAUUCAACCACAUUUGUUGCCGAUUAGUUUGAUCAACAUAUGGCACUUAUUUCGACGAAGUCUUGUGCACAAGUAUCGUUAUUAUUGGAAAUCUAUCUUGUUUGAAUAUUGGGCAUUGAUCGCUGCUAUUGUGUUGUUGGUUCUUCUGUUUGAUAAUGGAAUUGGCGAACCCGAUUCUUGUUAUGAUCCUAUUGAUACAUCUGGCAAUCUUGGCGGCAUUAAUCAUGACCGAAUGAUUGGUAAAAAUAUCAGCAAAAAUCGAAUACUUGCCGUCAAGAAACCGCAAUCAAUCUUAUAUGGACGAUUGAUUCUACUGGAUAGAUCAUCAAUCUCGAAUACUACUCUAGAUAAAUUUCUACGAAACGAGAACGUAAUUACCAUUCAUGGUCAACAUCUGAUCGAACAGAAUCUUAAGUUUCUAUUUUUGACAACAGUUUUGAUGACCCUUUCACAUUUUUUAGUCUCAGUAUUUGCAUUGAAUGAAGAAAUAAUUGUUGCUUGUAAUGAGCAUCGUAAUGGUCUUAUCAAUAUCAAUUCGUUUAUUUUAGCCCAAACAGUUGCCUAUAUGGUUAUGCCUACUAUAAACACUUUAACAUGUUCGGCAUUAGCAUACUAUCUACAAUAUCCAAACAUCGAUUAUGGACAACCAUUUCAUCAGGAUCAAUGGCGUUUUUGGCUAUACUUUCUAUCACAAUUUGCGGGCGUAGCUUGUGCCCAAAAUCUUGGUCUAGUGAUAUCGGCUAUAUCAGUAUCGAAUGCACGAUUGGCCAAUGUGAUUACAUUCAUAGCGGCCAUUGUAUUAAUUACAUUUGCUGGCUAUUUAAUUCCGGUCCAAAAUUACGAUAAUACUUGGUUACGAUCAUUGACUGAGAUUUCGUUUGUAAAGCAAAGCUAUCAACUCACUCUAGUAACCUGGUAUGGUUUGGGACGUUGUGGCGUAGCCAAUCAAACACGUUCGUUUGUAUUGGAACAAAUGAAUUUAGCGGGAGAACAAUUCGAUGGUUAUGAACGUAAUUUGUUAAUCAUAUCGAUUCAUUUUACAUUGUUCUUUUUUUUAUUUUGGUUGAUUGUUACACAAUCGGUUAGCUUUACCGUUAAAGCUAGCCACAUUAAUCAACAACAAACAAUCGAUUCAGAUCAUGAUUCAAACGAAGAUGAUCCAAAUCAAAUGAUUGAAUGGGAUGAAGAAAAAUUCCAAAAGAUCCUGUGAUCCUUUCUCUUUAACUGAUGAUACU